AUGUCUCAAGAUAAUAAAGAAUCUGGUCCGGCCAGGUCCCGGUCGACGUCGAUAUCAAGUUCGGAUUCGGAUUCCCGUGUAUCAAGGACGAGAUCUCCCUCGCGCAGUUUGGCCGGCUCUCUCAGGACGAGACUGAGGUCUUUGUCAAACCCUGGGUUGGCACAGGUCGACCGGGUCUAUUCCGGGAGACAUAUGAACGAUCAAUCUGUCUACCACAGUGAUGGAUCUAACGACGAUGAAUCAACACUCGAAGCUGAAGAGAGGUCCGAUACGAUUCAGGAAGUGAGGAACGGCGUUGUGAACGAACGUGAUCUUGAUUUGGAAAAGGGCGAUGCUCAACAACCUGAGCUUGAGAAAUCCAGGACGGAAAAGUCGAAUCGGUCGCGCCAUGAUCCGAAAUUGGUAACCUGGGAGGGUCCUGAAGACCCAGACAAUCCUAAGAACUGGAGUCCUAAGAAGAAGUGGGCAGCUACUAUUACAGUAUCACUAUUCACGUUUAUCUCCCCGGUUUCUUCUUCGAUGGUUGCGCCAGCUCUCACAUCGCUCGCUGCCGACUUCAACGUUACGGACCAGGUUGUCUCCCAACUCAUGCUGUCAAUCUUCGUCCUAGCCUACGCUGUAGGCCCGCUAUUCCUUGGUCCUCUCUCGGAAAUUUACGGUCGAACAAUCGUUCUCCAACUUGCCAAUCUUUUCUUCCUAGUCUUUAACAUCGGAUGUGCGGUUUCAAAGAACAAGGUUCAAAUGAUCGUUUGUCGUUUCUUCGCUGGACUAGGAGGAAGUGCCCCACUCGCCAUUGGCGGCGGCGUCCUCUCAGACUGCUUCCGCGCUGAAGAACGCGGAAAAGGCAUCGCAAUCUACAGCCUAGCACCCCUCCUAGGCCCAGCCCUAGGCCCAAUCGCGGGAGGCUUCAUCGCCGAAAACACAACAUGGCGCUGGGUCUUCUACUCAACAUCAAUAGUAGACGGCCUAAUCCAAGUAAUGGGCCUCUUCUUCCUGCGCGAAAGCUACGGCCCCAAAAUCCUACUCGACCGAGCAGUCCGCAUCCGCAAAGAAACAGGCGACGACUCCUACCAAACAGAAGCAGAGCGCCAAAAGAAGACUCUCCCACAAGUUCUCCGCGGCUCACUAGUCAGACCAUUCAAACUCCUCCUCACCCAACCAAUCGUCCAAGUCCUCGCCCUAUUUAUGGCCUACAUCUACGGUAUCAUGUACCUCGUCCUUUCGACAUUCCCUUCCCUCUGGACAAGUCCAGAAUAUUACAACGAGUCCAUCGGCAUAGGCGGCUUGAACUACAUCUCACUAGGUCUAGGCUUCUGGCUCGGUUCCCAGAUCUGCGCACCCCUUAAUGACAGAAUCUACCGCCGUCUCAAAGCUCGCAACAAUGGCAUCGGAAAGCCAGAGUUCCGCGUUCCGCUCCUAUUCGUCGGUGCCUUUUUCAUCCCUUCUGGUUUGUUCAUAUAUGGCUGGACAGCGCAGAAACAUUGCCAUUGGAUCGCGCCUAAUAUCGGCGCUGUGCUCUUUGGUACUGGUACUAUCGUUGCUUUCCAGUGUAUCCAGACCUAUAUGGUUGAUACAUAUACGCGUUUUGCGGCUAGUGCCCUUGCAGCAGGUGCGUUUUUGCGGUCGUUGGCUGGAUUUGGCUUUCCGCUUUUCGCGCCGUAUAUGUAUAAUGCAUUGCAUUAUGGUUGGGGAAAUAGUUUGCUUGCUUUUUUGGCUAUUGCCAUUGGAGCUCCUGCGCCUGUAUUUUUGUGGAAGUUUGGCGAGAUUUUGCGGAAGAAGAGUACUUAUGCUGCUGGAUAA